GAAUUAAUAUGUGUUUUGUAUAAACUUACAGCAGUUACCCUGCUACAAUACUUUUCUUGUAGACAUAUUUUCAACAUUACGAGUUUAUAAAAAAACGGACACAAAGAAUAAUGCUGAAGUUUAUUGUGAGACCAAUGGAGCUGUAUUACUUGGUUAUUCCAAAGAACUUAUUGAAGCUGUAAUAGCUUGUUCUUUAACAAAUGUAUUGGUUAACAGACCAUGGCUCCUGGAAACAGGGUGCUUUCUGUCCAGGGACACAGCCAACGAAAUGCAAUUUCAAGACAAUCAUUUAGCCAACUGUGCUACGUUUUGUAAAUCUGAUACAUUUACAUAUAUAGGAGUUCAGGCCGACAUGUGCAUGUGUUAUGAAUCACUAGCUGGAAUUGGUGUUCCUGGAACUUGUGAUGCCGUCAACUGUCCUGGAAAUAGCUUUGAACAAUGUGGCAUAAGCCAUAUGAUUGUGUACAGAAAAGAAAAACUGUUACCCAAAUCAGAUUGUCAAUACGUCAAAUUUGAUCAAAAUAAAUUUGAUUUAAUGAAUGGAGAUUGCGACAUCAAGAGGAGUUUUGUUUGUGAAGAAGAUGACGGCAAGAAAAUCAUUGAAUGCGUUGGUGAAACUUCUACAUACCCAACAGUUCAAACAAGCUCAAUAGUAAAGGCUUCGACUGAGGCUCAAGGCACACAAAGUAGCUCAAAUUUAGCUAUAAUCCUUGGCAUUUGUCUGAUAGUAUUGGUAGUAGUAGUUAUUGUAUUGGUAAUCAUAUGUUUUAGAAUAAGGAAAGUUGUUCUGUAGCCCGUUAGUGUCAACACGAUUCCUACCAUUAGAAAAUUUCAACGAUAUUAAUAUAUACUACGUAAACCAGAUUUAUUGGAGGGUAUGGCAUGAACAAAAUACACCGUGAUGAUGAGGAUGUUCACCUUGCUUUAAAAUGAAGCAAACUUGGAACUUAAAAUAAAUAAAAACAACAAGUUAUUAAUUUCAUGCGUCCGAAGCGCUUUGUAUGCAUAAUAUAUGGGACGUACUAUUAUGAGUUAAUAACUGUAUCCGUUCACUAAAUAAAUUG